AUGGAGUUGACUACUACCACUUCAGGAAGGCUGAGUAUGAUUAUUGGUGACUUUAAUACAACUUUGUUUGACCAUGAGAGGAGAGGGCCUGGGCAAUUCUAUGUUGGGACUGCCUCUGAAUUUUCUACUAUGGUUGAUGCCACUACCAUUAUUCAAAUUCCUUCUUCAGGCAGGAAGUUUACUUGGAGCAACAACCAUAGAAGGGGUCAUGUCGAUGCAGUUCUUGAUAGGACCUUCAUGAACAAAGAUUGGUUGAAGGUCUUCGAUGAUUGUUUGCAAAAGGUGCUUCCCUGUGUUGCUUUAGACCACUCUACCCUGCUUGCUUGUUCUGGUUCAGUGUUGAAGCCCAAGAACUCCCCUUUCAGAAUAAAUAACUUCAGGAUGGACCACCCUGAACUCUUAGAUUUGAUUAAUGCAGCAUGGAGCAUUAAUGUCACUGGAUCUCCAACUUACAACUUGGAUCAGAAAUUAAAUGGAGCUUUUCUCAACUUCGAUCAUGAGGUUGCAAUUUCAAAGACAGAGUUGGAUGCCAUUCAGAGGCAUAUUGAGGAGGAGGGACAUUCAGAGCAGUUGUUCAAUUUGGAAGCUGAUUCCAAGACCAGAUACUGGAAAGAAAUUCAUAACCAUGAGAAAUUAUGA